AACAGGCUGAGUAUGUGUGGCGCACGUGAAGUUGGAUGAGAGAAGCACCGUCAAUUGAGUUCGCGACCCCGCCGAGGGGCAGCAUCCACCGCCCGCCAGCUGGCACAUCUACGUUAUCACGCGGACCAAGACUUUGUAACUUCUAAAACCCCAAUUCUAAAACAAAAUUAUUCUUUCUGCUAAUGCAUUCAAACCACGUUUAAUCUCAUGCAUAACGGACCAAUCGCACGUUGAUUACCGGAUUGGGCCAGUGUAGACAUCGCAAAUUUACCGAAAGCAUCACGCCGGCUGGAGUGGAGCGGCGGAUUCCUCAUUUUGCUCGCCGAAGUGACUCAAGAUACCUUCACCAGCUUCAUUUACCCUUCGACGAGAAAACCAGAGAAUAUAAAAUCUCGCUGAGAUUCCCUUCCGACAGCCAAUACGACAACUCCAACUAUCACAUAUCACCCUCCAAAACCUUUACAAUGUCGCCAAGCAAUAACGCCUACGACGGGCUCUCCGAGGCCGUGGCCGCAAGCUUCCACUCCACCCGCCUGCAAUAUAUCCGCCCCGACGAGAACGACGCCAAGUUCCAAGCGGUGCAUCGCGAGAUUGAAAACGAUCUAAACAGCCGCUCGCUCGCGUCCAAUAAGCUCCUCCGCCCAACGGCGCCGAGUGCCAUUGAAGAGGGCUUCAAGUCCUUUACUGAUGCCCUGCUCGGCGUAGCCAUUUGCCUGCAGCCCUCAGAGGAGGCUGCCGACUGGAACCCCGAGCAUGGCCCUACUAUUAUUGGCACAAUGGGUCUGGGCUGGGGAGGUGUCUCUCCUGACACGGCACAUAACCGCAAUGCGUCCAUGGGCAUCUCGCUUAUUAAAAAGUACCAGAACAAGGGCUACGGCCGCGAGGCUAUCAACUGGAUGAUUGAUUGGGGCUUUUCGUAUGGUGGACUGCACACAAUCUCUCUCACAGCGGCCGAGUUUAACCCCGCCGGUCUGCAUCUCUACAAGUCGAUAGGCUUUGUGCAGGAGGGCCGCCGAAGAGAAGUGUGCUACCUGAAUCGCAAAUUUUAUGAUGAGAUUGAUUUUGGAAUGACUGAGGGAGAGUGGGAAACACUGCGCGGUAUCAACAAAUAGUCAAUUCAAACCUUGUACAAAAUUCACAUUUGGAAUAGCGCAGGCGAAUUAUGGUUCAGAUUAAUUACUUGUAUAUAAUCGAAAUCAAUGAUAAAAAUACUUGGUAUAAUCCAUCUAAUGUAACUCCUGGCA